UAUACCUAAAGGGAUAUUGAUGAAGUUUUUUUAAAAGUCAUAUUAAUGGCAAUUUAAGGGAGUAUAAACAUUUUAAAAACAUUAAUUGCUGAAAUGGAUAAUUAUUCAAGUUCGAGAUGGAAUACAACUCUGGAUUUGUCAGCGUGGAGUGAGGAAUACUCUAAGAGGGUGGUGAUAAAUAGUGUUAUAACCGUACUUUUCCUCCGCAUAGGAAUAAUUGGAAAUUUAUUGGUCAUACUUGUAUAUUCUUUUAGAAUGAAAAAGAUCAUGACAGAUAGAUAUUUUAUCCCCAUUUUAGCUGGAUUGGAUUUAUUAUCCAUAUGCUUUGCCGCAUCAUUGAAUUUAUCCCGGAACGUUCGACAAUUUACUUUUCCAGGAAGUACGACAUGCAAAGUUUUUAUUUAUAUGGCAUAUGUAUUCUCGUAUUCAUCUCUCAAUAUGCUUUUAAUUAUUGCUGUUCAUCGUUUUCAAAAGGUGUGCAGACCCUUUAAGACACAGAUGAGCAUAUUUUGGAAAAGACUAGCGACUGUGAUAUGCAUCAUUGUUUCCGCUAUCUUCCAUAUUCCCAUAUUGUUAUUCUACGGUACAAUUACCAUAAAACACCAUACAGCAGAAAUUUAUGGGUCGCAAUGCAAUAAACUUCGAGAUUCGAAAACAUCUCACUCUCUAAAAAUACACCAGCCAUUUGACAUCGUCUACAAUGCUGGGCUGAUAUUAAGUAUAACCGUAUUGUAUUGUUUGAUUGGAAGAACAAUAUACAGGAAAACUAACUUGUCAAAACCACAUCAAAUCGAACAUGAUGCAGACUUUCAUAAGAACACUUGUGAGGGAAAAACAACCAAAAGUACUCUUCAUUCCACGGAAUUACACACUGCAGGCAAGAAAUCGAUUCCAGGUGUAGACAGUCCAAAGGAAAUUAUCGAAAGCGCCUCAAGCACAUGUGGCGACAGUACAACAGAAGACGGAAGAUCAAACUGCAAAGCUGAUGAACAUCAACAUCAUACUAAAAUUGGCAAGAAAAUUCGUGGCCAUUUCCACAUAUACAGAUUUUCAUACAUGUUUAUGUUAAUAUCUUUUUUGGCACUGCUGUCAUAUAUUCCUCCAAUAGUUUUGAUUUUACUUGAAUCAAGAAAUGAUAAUUUUUGGAACAACAUGUCACAAAAUAAACUGCUUCUGCUUUUGUUCCUGCGACGCCUGUAUAUGCUUAAUAACUUUGUGAAUCCAUUUGUUUAUGGGUGUUUUGAUACAGCAUUCAAGAAAGAAUUAAAGAAAAUGUGCUUAAGCUUGUCUUUCCUAAGGCUCAAUUUCUAGACGGAUUGUCACAGUCCCUGCUCCAACAAAGCACGUUGUCAAAAAUUAGUUAUAGAAUUAUAAUUUCUGAGAUCGUUUUAAGAUUUACAAAGUAUUAAAAUGUGAAAUCUUACUAAAAAGAUUCAGAGUAAGGGCUUUAUUUGAUCUUACAAAUUUGAAAAUGUCACCCCUAGAAAAAAAACAGAUUUAUCCGAUUUCAAUUUUUGAAGUUCGUAUUUGGGCUCAAACUGCAUCUUAAACUGAGAAAUAAAUAGCCUUAGGUUGAAGGAUAUGCAUCAAUUUCGUUUUGUAACUGGGAAGAAAUAAUAAUUUUGCCAAAAAAUGUGCAUUACAUUGUGUAACAUUUAAACAGUGUAUAAAUGUACAACUUACUGUAUGUUUAACAGGUUAUAUCUUAAAUAUAAAUAGAUUAAAGCUGUAUAUCUAGGAUAUUUACUGAGUUUAUCGCCACCAUUAUACUGGUUGCUAGGUAACAGAAUAUACGAGAUAGACCCAAAAUGCCACCAUUUUCAGAAGGUCUGUGGUAUAGAGUUACAGCUGACAAAUUAAAUAAAUUUUGGGGGUGGUGCCAAAAACGGCCCAUAUCGCCCCUUGUCCUUUAUGUACAUUUAUAAACAGGAUAAAUAAAGAGUAUUGUAAGUUAUAAAUAACUGCAUAUUAAUUAUUUCAUUACUAACAAUAUAUAUAUACUUUCGUGUCAUUUAUUUGAUAUUUAUUGUUAUGAUUAACAGGUACAAUAUAGAUCGUCCCAUGGUUUUGAAAAUAGUUAGAAAGAAUAUUACCGUAAUUCUACGAAAACAAUAUGUUAAAGUAUAUUAUACAGGAAAUGACUGUACCAAGUCAGGAAUAUGACAGUUGUUUUCCAUUCGUUUGAUGUGUUUGAGCUUUUAAUUUUGCCAUUUGAUAAGGGACUUUCCUUUUUGAAUUUUCCUUAGAGUUACUUUUGUUAUUUUAGUUUUUGAAAACGUAAUUUACCAUCUGCCGUUUUUUACAAGUGAUGUGUCUGAAAUGUCGGUCGAGGCAAAUACAUUUUUGAAUCAAAACAUAAAACUAACUUGCUAAGCUGCAAGAUAAGCAAAUAAACAAAGGAAUGAUCAUGAAUGCUUAUCUAAAACCUAUGAUUUUUGUUGCUCUCUUUGUAUCUUGUCCACCUCUUUGGUCUACGUAAAUUUUUGGCCAGAAUUCAAACGUUUACUUAUCAUUUGUAUUAACCCCUAUCUAUCUACACUACAAAUAUUGGCAUGCACUCUGCUUUUACACUUUUUGUCUACUUUAUAAACUCUAUUAAACAGCGAUAACUAGAUUA